AUGUUCUCCAUGCAGGACUCCUUGCCCCGAGGAGGGCUCAGCCUGAAAGAGGAGCCGCUCCCUGCCGGCCUCGGCUCGGUGCGCUCCUGGAUGCAGGGCACUGGAAUCUUGGACGCCACCACCGCGGCGCAGAGUGGUGUGGGCCUGGCUCGGGCUCACUUUGAGAAACAGCCACCUUCCAAUCUUCGAAAAUCCAACUUCUUCCACUUUGUGUUGGCCAUGUAUGACCGACAGGGACAGCCGGUGGAGAUCGAACGCACAGCCUUCAUCGACUUUGUGGAAAAAGAGCGGGAACACAGUGGAGAGAAAACCAACAAUGGCAUCCAUUACCGUCUACAGCUUCUGUACAGCAAUGGAAUCCGCACCGAACAAGACCUGUAUGUUCGACUUAUUGAUUCCAUGUCUAAGCAGGCCAUCAUCUACGAAGGGCAGGACAAGAACCCGGAGAUGUGCCGUGUCCUCCUUACCCACGAGAUCAUGUGCAGUCGCUGCUGUGACAAGAAGAGUUGUGGCAACCGAAACGAGACACCAUCCGAUCCCGUCAUUAUAGACAGGUUUUUCCUCAAGUUUUUCCUCAAAUGCAACCAGAACUGCCUAAAGAAUGCGGGCAAUCCCAGAGACAUGAGGCGCUUCCAGGUGGUGGUCUCCACGACCGUGAGUGUGGAUGGGCACGUGCUCGCCGUGUCCGACAACAUGUUUGUUCACAACAACUCCAAGCAUGGCCGCCGGGCCCGCCGCCUUGACCCUUCCGAAGCAGCCACCCCCUGCAUCAAGGCCAUCAGCCCCAGCGAGGGCUGGACCACGGGGGGAGCCACCGUCAUCGUCAUCGGGGACAACUUCUUCGACGGGCUCCAGGUCGUCUUUGGAACGAUGCUGGUGUGGAGUGAGCUGAUCACGCCCCACGCCAUCCGGGUGCAGACCCCACCGAGGCACAUCCCUGGGGUGGUGGAGGUGACCCUCUCCUACAAAUCCAAGCAGUUCUGCAAAGGGGCCCCUGGCCGCUUCGUCUACACGGCUCUCAAUGAGCCAACCAUCGACUACGGCUUCCAGAGGCUGCAGAAGGUGAUACCACGACAUCCUGGAGACCCUGAGCGGCUUCCUAAGGAAGUGCUAUUGAAAAGGGCAGCUGACCUGGUGGAGGCUCUGUAUGGGAUGCCGCAUAGUAACCAGGAUCUCAUCAUAAAGCGGGCAGCGGACAUUGCAGAAGCACUCUACAGCGUCCCACGCACCCCCUCCCAACUCGGCUCCCUGGCCCCGGGCCAUCCCCACACAGCCAUGAUGGGGAUCAACUCCUUUGGGAGCCAGCUGGCGGUCAACAUUGGAGACUCCACCCAGGGGGCUGAACAAGGUUAUUCCCGGAAUACCAGCAGUGUGUCUCCACGGGGCUACGUGCCUAGCUCCACUCCCCAGCAGAGCAGCUACAGCAGCAUCACCUCCAGCAUCAACGGCUACGGAGCCACAGGCAUGGCUGGCCUGGGGGUACCCAGCUCCCCCAGCUUUCUCAACGGCUCCACUGCAAAUUCACCCUAUGCUAUCAUGCCCUCCAGCCCUCCGCUGGCCGCAGCCUCCUCCAUCUCCCUCCCGGCCGCUGCCCCCACCACCAGCGUCUUCUCCUUCUCGCCGGUCAACAUGAUCUCUGCGGUCAAGCAGAAGAGCGCCUUCGCCCCUGUGGUGCGCCCGCCCGGCUCCCCGCCCCCCGCCUGCACCAGCACUAAUGGCAGUGCCCUGCAAGACCCAGCUUUUGAGGACUCGGACAAGUUCCAUUCCCCCCCUGGGGCCCUACAGGGACUGGCCUACUCCUAAGCACACCAUGUCUGGACUCCUCAUCCCCCCCAUGUGAGGACUGCACAAGGAGAAAAGCCUGGCCCUUGGAUGCAGCCCCGGGACCAGGCAGGCCAGGGGCCCAAGAUGACCUGGAAGAGGACCUCCUACGGCAGUGGAGAGGCCCCCCGCUGUGCUUUGGACCACUGGGCCCUUCCCCUCCACAGCCCACUCACUCCUCUCCCUUCCAUUCUCAGGACUGGCCCCCAGGAGGCUUCUCUCUUCACAGCACCAUUUUAACUUGGGUGGAUGGAUGUAUAUGUGUGUGUGUGUGUGUGUGUGUGUGUGUGUGUGUGUGUGUGUGUGUGUGUACAUAUGUAUAUGUGUGGUUCUGGGGUUGGCUGAUCCCCCCAUCCUUUUCCCAUUAUAAGCUUGGGGUGGGAGGGGGGUCCCUAGGGAUGGGUUGGGGGGGCAGGGGUUUGGGUGGAAGGUCCUGCCCUCUAGAAUGCUCAGGGAAGACGAUCUGGUGUUUGGGGAGCACUGCCUCCCCUCCCUGGGAGGAUUCCCCACCCUGCCUGCCUCUGGAGAGGGGGGCAUGUGCUGGCUCUGCCUGCCCGCUUCUGGCUGGGAAGUGACCACCAGGGAGGGACUGGGCAGGAGCCACAGAAGAUAGGGGUAGGAACUGGGGUAGAAAUGCAGGUUAGGGGGAGGUGGGGUCAGGGAGGGACUCAUCCCCCAGCGUGGGGCUCUGAGGCAGAAUAGGAGCAUUACUGUAGGAUCCAUCUGUCUGACCACCUUUCCCAGGCCCGGGGCCCAGCAAGCAUCCUCCUCUGCCUGUCUGACCCCACUUCACGCACAAUGCUGGCUCCCUGGCAAAGCCAGGGGCAAAGCCAAGAGUCCAGAUUCUUCCUUCUGAGUUCUGGGGAAAGUCCCCAGCAGCUCUAGGAGAUUUGUCCUUUUAGGCCCAUGGAACAAGGUCCUAGGAGCUGGGGAGUGACCCCCCAAUUCUGAAACUCUACCUGUGCCCUCUCCUACCUCUCCUUGUCUCAGGCUCUCACCCUCCAGCUGGGGGCCACCUGCCUCCCCUUUACCUGCCUCCCCUGGGUUACUCUCAUUGUCUCUGUGCCUCCUUGUCUCUUCUCCUGGUGGCCCUUCCUUCUCCCCAGCCCACCAGCUUCCCUCAUCUCCGAGGGGCCUGUCCUGCCCUCCCCUUUCCCUGGCUGGCAACCAGAGUCUGGCUUUGGUCAUUUCAUCUGGGAGGGGGUUAGGGAGAAAUGAAAUAAUAAA